AUGGCGCCUCACACAUCUCUACGCAAUCUCUCCCUCUCUCUCCUCCUCUCUCUGCUCUUCAUCCACUCGACUCUCUCCGCCUCCGAUUCUCCCUCUCCCUCUCCACAGCCUGACAUCUCCUCUCCCCCCUCUCCUCCUCCAUCUCCCCACUCCUCUCCCUCUCCCUCACCGUCUCCUUCAUCUCUCCAUCACUCACCUCCAGCACCUCCUUCUCCGGCGCCAUCGCCGGCCAAUUCCACCACUCCUUCUCCCGCACCAUCUCCGGUCUCCGACAACGGCGUCAGUCACGAGGAUCAGAACGCAGUUGUUCCGAAAACGUCGUCGUCGAGUGGAAUGAGCGGCGGACAGAAAGCGGGAGUGGCGUUCGGAGUGAUCGCCGGCGCGUGCGUUGUAAUCGUCGGUGGAGUGCUGUAUAAGAAACGUCAGAAUAACAUUCGGAGAUCUCAAUUCGGUUACGCAUCGAGAGUCGAAAUGAUCUAA